GGUUGUUUUGACGUUUGUGCCAAAAACACUGUUUAACAUUAGCUUCACGAUAAUAGAAUUGCGAUGCAUCAGAUGCAUUGGAUUUUAAAUUAAUUUUGGCGUUUGUUCGAUUCAAAUUAACGUUCCGGGCUAAAUUAUGGACGAUAGUAAUGAGUUUGAUAUAUACGAGGACUUGGAUGUUUUCGAAAGCAAUGAAAAACAGCGGGAAAAGAAUGCCGAUUACUCGGAGAUACGUGAGAAACUGACGGAAGCGCAGGAGGUGAUCAAAAGAUUGCAAGAGGAGAACGCCAACUUGAAAGAACAAAUUGUGAAUCAUCAAAAAGUUGAGGGAACAUUAGAGCGGAACAGCAGUAGUUUGUUGAUUACAGCUAAGGCCGAACUGAAGCGAAGAGAACAAGAAAUCCAUGAGCUACGCAAAGAAAAGGAUAAUAUUUUAUUCCGGCGUAGAGACAAGCUCCAUAAAAAUGUUCAAAUACAUAAUUUUGGUACGCAGUCACAAAUCACGUGUAAACCAUUCGUAGUGUAUGAACUGAAACGGGUCGAUGAUGCGCCAAAAGAAAGGUUGAUCGAACAAAAUCAUCGACGUGAUGAGAAUCAAGCUAGCAAUCCAUUUGCCAAGUCGAAGGAGAAUGAUAUCGAAAACAAGUCAAAUCAUAAGUCCAGAGAAUGUUUUGCUGAAAAGAAUGGAAACCAUCGACAUCAGCCCACGCCGCCACAGACACGGCAUCAGGAUGAAUACAAUUUGCGCGGGAAAUCGGCCACUCAACGAAGUAGAGACGAUGAACGACGGGAACAAUCCAAUGUUGAACGCUCAAAACGAAGACGAUCUCGGAGCGCAUCAAAGGAUCGCAAAAGAGCACGGCGGAGUCGAAGCCGUGAACAACAACGGCGACGAGAUCGCAACAAUCAUGAGCGAAACUCACCGGAGAAAAUAUCGCGCAAUCAGCGAGCGAGAAACGGUAGCAAAGAGAGUCAAAGCCCGAAACGAUCAACACGGUGUCAAAGCCCAAAGCGAUCCACAACUAAGCCCGAACUGGUGGAAAAACACUAUAGCAAACGCAAAACUGAUGAGGACAUAUCAAAGCGGCGUUCAUCAAAGGCCAAAUCUGAACCGGACAAAAUGCUUAAAGUAAAAGAAGAAAAAGUAAAAGAGAAGGAGAGUCUAAAUCAUUGUGCCGUCCCCGUUGACUAUUCGAAAGAUGAUGCCAAAAAGGAAAAUAGUACUGAUGAAAAGCCAAUCAACACAAAUUGGGUUGAUGUGAAUGGUGAUAAUGGAUUGGAAGAAGGAGAAAUCGAUGAGUAUGAUGCUCAACAUGAUGAUGAGAUGAAGAGUCACAAUGAAGAAGUUAGUCAAAACAUGGCUGAAUCUCAGAUCCUACCCACAUUACACAAUGUCAAACCGAAGCCAGAGGUUGUUAAGCCAAAGAUGGAAAUAAAUUCGCCGAAGAAAAUACUGAAAAAUGAUGAUCCUUCCGAGAAAAUCGACGAGAUGAACAACAAAGGAUCGCUGCCGAUUCGUGUUGAUAAUCAGCACGUGCUAGAGUCAAAACCAGAGCCACAACCAAAACCAGAGAUUGUUGAAGUACACCCGGAUCUAGAAGAUAAAGUUGAGAAAAAAUCAAAGUGUCAGCCGGCCCAAUCUUUGGAUGGAAACGACAAUAAAUCUCACCAACAUACCAACGUUGAAGAUGAAACGUUGAAUGGUAAUGAUGGUGGUAUGGAAGGUAUUGAAAUGAUGUCAAACGUACAGAGCGAAAGAGAUAUGCCUCCGGAAAAGACAGAAAAUAUGGAGGUGGAUGCACCCGUUGAAAUGAAAAACAAUGAAAACCAUGUUCUAAAUAUACAAGCUUCCAGAAUAGAAGAACCGAAACCAGAAAUUGACACGGUUAAAAAUCUCAUUAAAUCAGACGAACCAUCUCCAACAGCCAUCAAUGUAACUGAUGUCCCAAGUCUGAACGAAACUACGCCAUCUUCAAACAAUAGCAUAAGUCUAACGAACGAGCACGGUGAAAGCAAACGAACAGCUACGGCGAAUGGUUUAUCCGAAGGCAUUUACAAUAGUGUACUCAAUACCUCCGGCAACAAAUCGGUCAAAAACAUUUCGACCAGCACAAAAGACUAUCUUAUUGUGGAGAACGAGAACAACGAGACAACCAUUUACGUUACACGAAAGAAGAAGAAGAAAAAGAAGAAAAGCCUCGAAAACGUGUAAUUCGAUACACACCGAUCAAUUGUUAUUUGUUUUCAUUUUUUACUAUAGCCAAAAUUGCAAAACAUGUUUUCAUUAUUUAUUUUUCAAAUAAAAAAUGAUUAGGUAAAUCAUAAACUAGGCAUGAAACAAA